AUGGCAGGCUGUGUCGGUGGCUUCUCCAAUUUCAUGGCGAGAUUGCUCGCACUCGUCGAGGUCAAGUCCAAGCCGUCUACACCAUCCGAGAAGGCGCCGCUGCAGAUUUCGGCGCCUUUCAACUUCAAGCAUGAGACCGUUUCCUUACCGGGUGUCUCGGAAGAUGAGAUCGCCUUUCUGAAGGAGCAAGCGGCGGCAGCCCGCCUUGGCGUAGCCGAUCCCUCGGCCAUCGGAAAUCCGCGCAAGGCUCCUGCUCCGCCGACGCUACGACCUGUCACUCCUAUCCUGAAGGUGACACCAAGCACUCCCAUCUCCCCUGCGGACAACCUUAUCUAG